GCGCUACGGAUCUACGUUGCGUCUCUCGACCUCUCUCGGCCUUCUCUCUCUAUCUCUCUCUCUCUUUCCGCGACUUUGACGGAAUCCCGGCAGUGGUUAGCGCGGAGUAGACGGUAGAUCCAUCUACCCAUCUAAUUUAUCCAUUCAACGUCCACGACGUGUCUCUCGGUGUCUUUCCAGCGCGAGGAGUUCAACGUCGCGUGAUCUCGCGGCUCGUCGUUGCUUUUCUCUCGCGUUUCUCCCGCGCGUCGUCGCCGUCGUCGUCGUCUCUCUCUCGGUGUCUCGGUGGUCUCCCGUCGAGUGGUGUGCGCGCUUCUUGGAUACGCGGUCACGCAUGCACGCAUGGACAAGCAACGGCGACGCGGCACUGCCCAAUGAUGGCCGUGCCGGGCAUUACCGUUGACGUAGUGAUGUAUUAUUAGUGGUGCGCGUCGCGGGAAAGUGCUGGUGUGCCGCGGUCUCGCUGUCUCGCUGUCCCGCCGCUCACUUCAGCCCGUAUAUAUAUCUCUUUCUCUCUCGGCAGUUUGGAAUCGGGAGUCGGGCGGUCGGCACCGAUAAUAGCCGCCGCGGAGUGUGCCCCUCGUCGUCCGCGUCGUCAUCGGGAAUCAGUGAUCGUCGGCGAAGGGAAGGCACGGAUACGUGCGGGCGGUUUACACGUAUUUCGCCGCCCCCGCCUGCCGGCUCGCCCCUACGAGUUCGCGCGAGUGAAAGAGUUUCGUAUAUAUCUACAUAUAUAUCAGUGCACGACAGUUUUUCGUUCGCUCUCUCUGGUGUGUGGAUUUAUCAUAUUUGGAUACACUCGUAUUAUCGUAUUGGAUAUAUACUGCGAUCCCCGUCGCCGCCGGAGCCCCACGUUCAGCCCCCGUCGGCCCCGAGAUCGUGAUUCCGCCUGGCGAGCUCUCUGCCCCCUCGGAGGAGCCCCGUGAGUGAAAGGAAACGCGGAAACGGAGCGGGCUUCCCUCCGGCAAUUACGGAGACGAUCUUUCACGUCGCCCGGGAAGCGGAGCUUGGGGAUAAGGAAUCGACGAAUGGGAAUUUAUACGUCUUAAAUUCAAUCCUGUGGGCCCCACAUGUUAUGGUAUAGCCUGCACAACGAUCGUUCGACGCAUGGCACUGCGAUGAGCAAGAUGCAGAGACAAAGCCGGCGUGACUCGGAGGUGGAGGUUGCGCUUAUGCGCCCUGUAAGCACAGCUGGCUAAUAGCCUCGGAGCCCGUCCCCGACACCCUGCAGCCACACCAGAUUAGCAGUUGGUGUGACAUGGAUGUGAGCUUCACGAACGUGUUAGAGGGGGCUCGCCAGUACUUCCAGGGACUGCCCGUACCGAGUACAGGUAGUGGCGCGGCCACGUCGGUGGAUCACAAUCUCCACUCGACAUCCUCUACGAAUCCCGCCUCGUCCACAUCGGCGACGACGCACGAUCAUGACGCACCGUCGCAGCCGACUCAAUCAACUCAGUCAAUCUCGAUUUCCGCCAAUAGCAGCAGCAAUAGUAGUAGCAGCAGCAGCAGCAGCAAUAGCAGUAGUAAUGUCCAGGAGUCGAAUCGUUACUCCGCCGACAUUAGACCUUCGUCGUCCGUGGAGAGUAGCAAUGCGGCUGCCGGAUCGAAUUUCUGGAACCCGCACGUGGAUCCGUAUGCGCCGCAGCCGACCAGGGUUGAAGUCCCGGACACGAGGCCAGGCGACGAAGGCUCCGCCAUGGAACCCAGCUCCUCUUCCUCAGGCACUGUCACUUUAACCGAGAUGCAACCCUCAAAUUAUCAAUCCUCGUCCUCCGUCGUCGCGUCAUCGUCGAAUUUCUCGCAGAGACCGCUGCCGACGUCGUCGUCAUCAUCGUCGUUGACCUCCUCCUCCAGCGAUCACAGUCAUCAUCAGUCUCACCUCCCGACGUCGAAUUCAUCGUCGCAUUUGCAUCAGAUGCAGCCGCCCCAACCGCCACAUUCCCCCGGACCGGUAUAUCAGCAACUUAGUAAUGUCAGCAGGACGUCCUUCAGUACGGCGGAGAUGCUCGCCUCUUCUUCGUCGCACUCCGCUUCAACCUAUCAGACUGCCAAUAACGAUAGGCAGUCACAGCCGAUUGUCGCGCAGAGAACUCAGUACUAUCCACGUUACCAUCACCCAGAUAUCACGAAAUGCGCACCGGCCCCGUAUUCGCAGAGUUCCAUUUACCAGUCCGCCAAUGUAGCGCAGCCCUCGAGUAUGGCUCAGCAACCGAGCACGAGAUCGACGCCAAUAGAGCAGAAUAAUACUACGACAUCGUCCAACGUCGUCACUCAAGGACAUUGUCCGUCGGAGCAGCAACGAAUACCUGGUACUUACGGCAGCAACAUACCACUCACUCAGAAUUCUCUCGGUGGAUCGACUGCGUACGGAUCCGGCUCUACUACAUCGUCUCAGAGUUACCGUUCCACGAGUCAGUACCAACAGCAGGUUCAUCGUUUGGCCGCUUCUGCUUCGAGUGUCAACGACAGGUCGCAUAGCUCGGAUGGGUUGCACUCUUCCACCGCGGCCUGCUCCUCAUCGUCGCAGGCGGUCAGUCCGCGUCAGCCCGGACCAGGAAACUCCUCCUCCAAUCACAUUCCUUCGCAAUCGCAGUCGCAGAAUCUUCCGGGUCACAUUCCUUCACCGCAUCUGCCGUCCGCCGCCACCUCGGUGCACUAUCAUCAGCACCAGCAGCACCAGCAGCAACAGCAACAGCAACAACAUCAGCAAUCGUCGCCUCUGCAGCAGCAACAGCAGCAUCCUAGUCGUAUAAAUGCGUCGCCACACUCGCACGGUUCUUCGUAUGGAGGCCGUGUAGUUUCGAUGCCACCGCACGGCGUCCCAUCGUCGUCCUCCGCUGCCAUGGUAGCGAACCAUUCACAGCAGCAGAUGCCACCACCCCCGAGUGGAUAUCAUGCAGGAACGACGCCGUCGCCGCAUCACGAGCCGUCGCCGCGUCACGCAACUCCGUCGCCGCAUCACGCGACGCCGUCGCCACAGCGGCAGUCGCCUCAUGUGUCCAGCCUACACAAUCCGCACGCCUCUCCUUCUCCUCAUCAUACACCUUCGCCGCACAACAGCUUCCAGCCGCACUCGCCGACCUAUCCGCCGCCUCCGCCGCUGCCACCACAGCAACAACAGCAGCAACAGCAGCAGCAACAACAUCAACAGCAACAACAACAACAGCAGCAGCAGCAGCAGCAAUCGGUUUUAUCGAGGUCGACACCACAUUCGUACAAUCUACCACCAGCCACCUCGCAGCACUAUCAAACGAAUUACGUGGCGGCGGUUCGUGACGCGGCGAUGGGGUUGCCUUACGCACCGCCGCCACCGUCCCAGUCUUCGUACCAUUCCUUCCAGAAGAAUCCACAACCGGAGUCUCAGGGGAGUAGCUACUACUCCCAGCCAAGUCGGUCUCACAGUCAAUCUUAUGGUAUGCAGCAGAUGCUGGUGCCGCCGCAGACGGCAUAUCCCAGUACCUCUGGUAGCAACAGUCUAGGUAGCUACCAGCAAAAUGCCAACAAACACGCUACGUAUAACGGUGCGGAUGCCACGAAGAGAGGCACAAUUGAUGUUAUGACGACCCCUUACGGGACGCAUCGGUCGUCCACGCAGAGGAACAGCAACACGCAUAACUUGCCGCCUAUUGCCGCCCUCUCAUCCUAUCAUUCCAACAGGCGAGAACCGUUAGGAAAAUCGGCGCAGACGAUAGCACGACAACGAAUGCAUGUGACGAACGCAAUCAGUAAAGUCCCGUCUGUCGCGAUGCCGCCGACCCCCUCGUCUAUAACGAUGCCUCCUCAGAGGCUCGCCGAGUACCCAACGACUCCGGUCUCGGAUAUGAACCACGUGAUGCCAGUGAACGGUAGGACAACUACUGUAACGAACAUGACGUACAGUUCGCGAUACAGCGGUCAGCAAGGCUACCCGUCGUCAUCAUAUGCCACCACGAUGGCGCCUAGUCAUCAUAGUAACAACUCCACUAGCAGCACCACAGUGACCACUAUCAGUCAAGGUGGUUCAGGUGGCGCGAGGUCUUCCGUUCCAACGAUCCAUGUGUAUCAGUCUUCCGACGAGCCGGAUCGGUCAACGGGAUCGUCGUCCUAUCAUCAUCAGCCAACGACACGAAUGACGACUGAAGGCUAUGCCUAUAAAGAAUAUUCUUAUCAGAACCCAGCGUCAUCCGGUGGUAGUCAAGCGACCUCGGCCGCCGCGAUGGCGAGUUCCCCGUCGCCGAGCAAUGCAGUUCGGAAGAGAGAAUCUCCUUUGGACUUAUCCGUCAAGACAGUCAAGACAUCGGCGGAUUCUACGGCGCACGAUGACCUCGAGACCAUCAGCACCGACAAGCAUGUCAGUAGCUCGAGCCUGAGUACAUCCAGGAAUAACGUAAAUAGGCCGAUGCCACCUCCGACGGUCAUGCAUCAAUCGGCACCGGCGCAACCGUCAUACCCGUCGUCAUACGACCAUAGGCCUUCGAGUAACAGCUCGAGGAAUUCCAUGCCCGUGACCUGCGUCCGAGCAUCGACGCCACAAACGGUGUGCGCGCCCAAGGUCGACUUUCUCCCAGACUUUACCUCGGCGCCGUUACGUCAUCAGUCGCAUCACGAGAAUCCCCUUCGCAGAAGUACUACGCAGCAGCUUUACGUUCCAUCCGCUCAACCUCUCUCGUCCCAUCACGCGAACACCUCUCCACUGCCUCACAUGUCUACGUUCAAGAAGCGCCCACUGCCCACGUCGCCACUAUACGACGGCCUGACGAUGCCACCUGCGUCGUCUUCGUCGACGUCGACGUCUACGUCUUCAUCAUACCUCCAGACGAAUGAUUCGGUGUCCUCGAGGUUCCCCAAGUAUCACUCGAUAAUGGAUCCAUCUCCGCGAUUCGGUCCGCCCACAUUGCCCGCACAGGAUUACCCACCCGACUCGAGCAAGUACUACUUAGCGGACAGUAGGGCCAAGUUUGACCAGCAAUUCUCUCAGCGCGAACGGAUGCCGUUUAAAAGAGUUGGAGAGCCGAUUUAUGGGGUAGGGAGUCCUAACAAACAGGCCAGAGUCGCUUGGCGAGUACCGAGUAGCGAAAAGCAGAUUGUUGAACCGAAAGCAAUGUCGACCGCGGAUGCGCUGAACGAGCAGCAGAAACGGCAAGAGAUGAACCUGUCGGUUCCUCUGCCGAACGGAGCUCUGGCGACACCCGGCGCCCACGAUCAGAGAACCGACAGCGGCGGUUACUCGGCGCCGGAAUCGUCCAGGUAUCAGUCGGUAUACUGUGAUAAAAGGACCUAUCCGGAGUCCAAAGUCAUACGUAGCUCGCCGUCGUCGUACAAUCAUCCGGUGAUCUCGAAAUCCGGGAGUGUACAUCCAUUACCGCAGCAACUGAGCGGUGCGCAGCUGACCUAUCCGAGUUAUCGUCAGUCAGUUCAGAAGACAACGUGCCCACCGAACGGGAUGUCCGGUGGCCAGCCGAUGGAUCAACCUAGCAACACCGGCGCCGACAAGAGGGUGCUUAGCUUGCUGAGGAACAGCCUGGAGAACAAGCAACAGAGGGAUGAACAGCUUAACAGUCAGCAGCCUAUCCUGGUCAAUCACAGCCAGCAGAGUUUUCAGAAUAAGGUCGUCGCGCCAGUCGAGCCUAAGAGCAUCGGCAGGCACAAUCUGUCACCGUUCACGGCGGCGAGUUUGCUCGAGCGUAACAGCAACACUCCGCCGCAUUACAAGUUCCACGUUCCGCGAGCGGUAGACUCGAUCACUCAGGAGAAUCCGCGCAGCAUGUACGCCUCGAGAGUGAAUGCAUCCGCCACGUUACCUGGCAAGGAAGCUUCCCUCGCGGGACCACGUGGCACCGAGAAUCAAAUACAUCGUGACAAAGACGACGGCCUCGCCGCUAUUUUAGCUGCGAAGAUCAGGACGAAGGCGGAACUGAAACAAGUCGGGACCGGCCAAUUUACAACGAAAGCAUCUUCCGUACCUUCUCAAGACGUGUCGUCGACGCCGAGAGAGAUCGAUAGUGCGGCCUCAACAUCAACGCCGCAGUCUGGCUCGUCUGCGGGUAGCCCGCCGAAAUUAACGCGUGAGAAAACGGUCUGUUUGCCGCCCAGAAGACGGUUAUUUUCAAGAACUGACGAGGACAACAUGCCGGUAGCGGCAACUGUGCCCGUCGCCGCCAUCGUCGCGUCCACGGUCCCGGCCAGGGCGAGCGGGUGCAGGAGCUCCUCCGAAACAUCGGUGUUCGACUUCCGGGAGAGCGACUCUGAGGGCGAGAUGCCAGUUCUCGAGCGACAAACUUUGGAAGAGAUGAGAAGAGACAGGAAACAGUUGUCCAAAGUACAACCCCCGAUACCCCUCAAUGAUGCUGUGUGUAUGAACAUGGCAUCCUCGACGGAUCUCGUGAAGAUAGAACUGAAGGAAAACGACAAAAUCAAUGAUAUGGAUCCAUUUUGGAGUAACACCUGUGAUAAGUUUAUGGAGCAAUUACGCGCGGGUGAUUCCGUGAAGAAACGAGGACGUAGAAAAAAAGUGAGCGGUGUCGCAACACCGAAGCUUGAAGACGCAGCUAACGAUACCGACAAGGAAUCGGAUACCAAUGCAUCGCAUUCUCAAAUCAAGCCCGAAGACAUCAAGAAGGAGAUACCGGAUCCGUCUAGUAAGGAAGACAAAAAUUCGGUCUUUAAGGAUAUUAAGAUCAAGACGGAACCCGGGCUGACGAAAGAGGAUGAUAAACACUCAAGCGAUGAUUCAGAAGAAGUGCCAUUAAUUAAAAGAACGAGACAGGAAAUAAAAAAGGAAGAUAGUGAUUGCGAUGAGGAAGUGAUAUGCCGAAGAAGACGAAUUCGUCGUGGUGGCAGGAUCAAGCUUGAGUCUUCUAGCGGUAGCGAAUCCUCGAGCGAGGACAGCGAUGCCAGUACCGAGUUCGGCCAUGGUUCCUCAGUAGCGGAUAGACUUCGUGCUAGGAAACGAUCUAUGGCUAACGUGUCCGAAGGUAUGAAGCUUCGUUCGAGGGACACUACUCCUCAUAAGGCGAAGUCGGAAAAGGAAUCCAAAUUGUCGCCCUCGAAAAGUGGAACGUCCCAAAAAGCGAAACCGAAACCAUUAUUUGGUGACGGUAGUGAUUUCAGACCCGGUUGGGAAGAGGAGGUUUACGUAUACAAAAAAUCUCUAAGAAUGCCACCCAGGUUGAUAACAGUGUCAAAACCAUCGCGCUUUCAUCGAUUGUCGACGUCGUUGCCGGACUUAGAUCCCGGCUCGCCAGCAUUGUCCGUCUCGAUGGACAGUUCCGACGUGUAUCUCAAUCGUAAUAAAAGAGACAGCGACAUGGAGUCCAAUUACAGUUUCAGCAUAAUGGGACUCGGCAGUAAGAUUGAUGACGAGGAGGCGACCUCGUCGACAACGGUUUCCUGUCCUCCGAAAGCUAUGAUGAAACAUUUCCGAUCUGAGAACAAUUCUAUUGUCGAUGUUCUCGCGCAGAAGGUCGGAAGUGGUCAGAAGGACUCGAAGAAGAAGCAGAAUCCGAAAAGUAAUAAGAGCAGUAACAUUAAUAAGAGCAAUAACGAGCCGGAACUUUUACCAACACCAGGUCUCACACCACUUUUGUCGUCCGAGACAUCGAAGAACUCCAAAAACAGGAUCGCGUUGAAGAAUAAUAGAAACCCGAUUAAAGUUACUAACUCCGUCCUCCUCGGUUAUUUCCGCAAAGAGACGGUCAAUAAUUUCCGUGACGCGUUCAAGAACAAUCACACGUUGCCCAACAAAUUCUCCACUCUAGUGUUGAAGAGCAGAACGAGAACGGAGACGAAAGUCUUGAAGAAAGAGACGACUAUUCGUGAAGUAUUUGGUGAGGAUAGACCCGCGUCAGCCCCGCCGAUGCAGAAUCACGACGACACAUCACAGGACGACGAUUCACAGAAUGAAACGCCCGAGAAUGCAUUAGGCAAAGUACGAACAUUAAAGCAAAAAGUGGUGUCCCGUUUAAGGAAUGCUGGUAUACUACGAAGUCACAAGGCGAUUGUGAACUCGAAACGUCGUCUAUUAACUGCCGAGAGACGAAAGGAUCUACUCAAGUCGCUUGCUAAGAAGAAGUUACGUCGUAUCAAGACUGAGAUAGAGCAGGAAGAGACGAACGAUGCCAGAGAGGAGGAAAAUAACGAGAUGGAGGAUGACAAGAACGAUUUGGAAAUUCGUAACAAAAAGAAGUUGAAGCUUCGACCAGGCCGACGAAAAUUCCGUUCUGGAUUCGAUUAUAUUCGUAAGAAGAAGAAGCCGCUAAAGAAAGACGAGGCGUUGCCGAAGGAAAGGAAGAGACAAAGCCAAGCUAAUAAACCAAGCCCGGAGUGUGUAGCCGAUAUUCAGUCUGAGAUCAGGACGUGGGUUAUCAAAAAGGGCGUCGGGGAAACCAUAUUACACCGUGCUGCCCGUCUUGGUUACACGGACGUGACUGCUUAUUGUCUGGAGAAGCUCAAUAGCGCGCCGAGUCCCAAAGACAACGCGGGAUAUACACCGCUUCAUGAGGCGUGCUCCAAGGGUCACCUAGAAAUUGCGAAACUCUUGCUAGCUUACGGUGCAAACGUUAGCGAGAGUGCUAACGGUGGUAUUAGGCCACUUCAUGAAGCGGCAGAGAAUGGUGCUACGGAGCUUGUGCGAUUGCUGUUGUCAUAUGGUGCCGAUCCAUUGUUAGCUACUUAUUCCGGACAAACGCCUUUGAUGCUGGCUGUUGACACCGAAGCUCAUUCCAUUCUAGAACAGCACCUGGCUGACAUCCAAGGUCGUACCACUGUACCAUGGUCAUUCGCCGGUCCAUCUUCUGUUUUAGACCCAGAAGAGACGGGCUACAAUCCACUCGAUGAUGUUCCAUUGGACAGUCCUGAAUCAGUCGAGCUAGAUGAUAUCGAAAUGGAAGUAAGCGACAUCAACCUGCCUGUUCUUUUCACUCUGAACAAUGAUCCCGAUAAGUGGGUGCUGCUUCAAGAUCUCAUGGCGGUUUUGAGGAUAAAGAGUCGCGAUGCUCUUCUCCGUCAAAUUAAUCCGAAAGCUCAUUCUGGGCCGCCUGCGGUCGCGCAUCGCGACGUUAUGCGUGAGUUGAAGCUGCCAGAUUUCCUGGAGCAGACUCGUUGCUGUCACCUGCUGAGCGGCGGCGAAAGGAUCAACGUGCGCGGCUCCAAGGUCACUCUUAUCAAGUACAACGACAAGGUGAAGUCUCUGCUGAACGUGGAGAAAGUGGUGAUUAGCCUUAGGUGACAAGAGGCGUCUCUGGGGCGAUCAUCUCCCCAGACAUCGAAACCAUCGACUUCGAUUCCGGCCAAGGAACAUCAGAAGAAAGUUGAAGGCAAAGCUACUGUGAAACGCGAGCGGCAACAGGGAAGAAAGCGACAAGAGACUCGUAACAAAAAUUCCACGGACUGAGCGGCCUGUUCUGUGGCCAAUGAUCUAUCGAAAUAUAAUGAAAAUUAAAAAAAUAUGGCGAUUUAAGAGUUAUCGUCGAAAAAUAAAUAAUGUUGUAAGACCAGAUCGUAACUGUUUUUUGGUAACUGUUUCACGAUGCGUUAAAAAGUAAAGAAGAAAUAGAAGAAACAGAUUUCUUGUAAUAUAUAGACAGAAUCCUAAAUGACUGAUGUAAAUCUGUUUAUUUGGAAAGCUCGUCCCUCGAAAGAAAGAAAGACUGAUCGACACAACAAUGAAGAUCGGUGCUUUUACGUGUGUCCAAAGACUGACUUUUCGAUUUGUCUUAUGCUUCGAAGGUAAAUCGAAUCAACCAACACUGAUUGAACUGAUCGAAUUGAUUUUCUCCUCUCGAUCUCUUAUAGUGCAGAAUGUAAUGAAAUGGAGCUUGACUAAAGUGAUAAGAGAUACGCACAUAAUCGGUUCCGUUCCUUUAUUCAAGUGAUGAAUUUAUCAGUCGAAAUAAAGAAAGUCGGUAAUACGCCGAUAUUCUGCCGGGAGCGUAACGCGCAAUUAAACUAACUUCGAAGCACAUAGCUGUGCAAAUGUAGUUUUACACAAAACUAUCUACUAUUUAAUGCGCAGCUAAGAGUGGGGAAACAGCUACCUGUGACAUUAUAUAGCAGUAUUUAAUUGGGAUAUAUACGUAAUAUAUCCAUAGGACGAGGAUAUUUUAUUAAUUCUCUUAAGGACUGAGUAAAUAAUCAGAAGUUCGUUAACGUAACGCUUUUAGGUGCAUGAAAAGAGGGAGACAUGUUGUUUGGGCGAUCAUGACGAUGGAAAAAUGAAAAAUCUUUGACAGUAGAUUUCUCUCAAUUGUCGAAUCGAGUCUCGGAAUAGUAAUAAAAAUGACAACGUAAAUAGAGAGUAAUGAUUAUUUUAAGAGUGCGAGAAAACAUAGCUGUCCGUACCAGAUAUAUUUUUAUCUCGCAUGUAGCUUCAAGAAGUUUCUUCGUUUUUAAGGGGCUUCACUCUACGAGAUUCGUGGAAUUGGAACGAGCGCCCAUGUGCAUUAAUAUUAGUUUUUCCUCUUUGAGCUACUACAGGACACGUCGUUGGAAGACGAGAAUCGACAUUAAGAGAGCGUAACAUAAUUGAAAUUGCUAUCGCGAAUGAUAACGUUACCACAGUUUAGUCUUUGUUUUUCUUUACAUUAGAGAAGAAUUGUAUAUUAUGCCGUGCAAGUUAUAUUUAUAAAAUGUGUUAAUUGUCCAUUGCGAAUAGGUGCUUUGAAAAGCUAGAUGAGUUGAAUUUCAAUUCAUUCAGUCCGGAAUAAUAUCUGAUCCAUUGAGGAGACACCAUCACACGUAUAAAGGUGCAUAUCUGUUGUCUAGUUCUAUUUUUAAUAUUUCGCGAUUUUUAAUAUUAUAUAACUAUAUAGUUUUGUAUAUUUAUAAGU